GGAACCGUAGCGUCCCUUUUAGGCUUCAUUUCUAUAAGAAAUUGGAUAAUAAGGAAGCUCAAGCCAAAUUCGGGUUGACCCGUUGCCGGAGUGAACGCCGUCGACAAAUCCUCUCCGUCCGAUCUUCAAUCAUCAGCCUUUUACCGGUCCAGAAACCGCAGGAUGUCGAGCACAAACAUGGAGGAGAAGGUAAAAGAGCAAGAGCUCGGCGAAGAUACUCUUAAAGAUCAAGUUGUCUUCGAUGGUGGUGAUGUUGAUCACUCAGUGGAAGAGCUCAAAGACUCGGACCAAAAUGGUGAAAACUCCGUUGCCAUGCCUUCACCUCAGCAGGAGGAGGAAGCAAUCAAGAAAAAAUAUGGGGGAAUUUUACCAAAGAAAAAGCCUUUGAUAUCCAAGGAUCAGGAUCGUGCAUUCUUUGAUUCUGCGGAUUGGGCGUUAGGAAAGCAAGGAGCACAAAAGCCUAAAGGACCACUUGAAGCUCUGCGCCCAAAAUUGCAGCCCUCUCCACAGCACCAAGUGCGGUCAAGGCGCUCAGCCUAUGCUCCUGCAGAUGAUUGUGAUGGAGUUGAUGAUGGCCAUAAUCGUCCUUCUGAGGAUGAGAAAAGCACAUUGGAUGCUGGAAAUGAUAAGAACACUGAGCUUUAAAGCUGCGAUUGUACAUCAAGACCAAACAAGAUUGUACCCUUUGUUCUUGUGAACUCGAAGAUUACAGAAUGGGAACAACAGAUGAUGUAUCAUAAAUUAAAAAGGUUGCCGAUUUUUGUGCUGGUAACUACACAGGGAAAAAAAGGAUGGAAAUAAGGUAAUGGAUAGCAUAAUAACGCCAUGUUGAAGCACAUUUUCUUCUUCUAAAUGUCAUGUCUGCUUCUGGUCAAA